AUGCUGCCCGGGCUCGGGAGCCUGCUGCCAGGUCCCCCGGCCUGCGUCCUGCUGCUCCUCCUGGCCGCAGCCCCCGUCGCCGCCCGCUGCCCCAUGCUCUGCACCUGCUACCCGGCGCCGCCCACCGUGAGCUGCCAGGCCAACAACUUCUCGGCAGUGCCGCGGGCCCUGCCGCCCGGCACGCAGCGCCUCUUCCUGCAGAACAACCUCAUCACCGCGCUGCGGCCCGGCUCCUUUGGGCCCAGCCUGCUCACCCUGUGGCUCUUCUCCAACAACCUCUCGGCCAUCUACCCGGGCACCUUCCGCCACCUCCAGGCGCUCGAGGAGCUGGACCUGGGCGACAACCGGCACCUGCGCUCGCUGGAGCCCGACACCUUCCAGGGCCUGGAGCGGCUGCAGUCGCUGCACCUCUAUCGCUGCCAGCUCAGCAGCCUGCCCGGCACCAUCUUCCGCGGCCUGGUCAGCCUGCAGUACCUCUACCUCCAGGAGAACAGCCUGCUCCACCUACAGGAUGACCUGUUCGCGGACCUGGCCAACCUGAGCCACCUCUUCUUGCACGGGAACCGCCUGCGGCUGCUCACGGAGCACGUGUUCCGCGGCCUGGGCAGCUUGGACCGGCUGCUGCUGCACGGGAACCGGCUGCAGGGCGUGCACCGCGCAGCCUUUCGCGGCCUCGGCCGCCUCACCAUCCUCUACCUGUUCAACAACAGCCUGGCCUCGCUGCCCGGCGAGGCGCUGGCCGACCUGCCGGCGCUCGAGUUCCUGCGACUCAACGCCAACCCUUGGGCGUGCGACUGCCGCGCGCGGCCGCUCUGGGCCUGGUUCCAGCGCGCGCGCGUGUCCAGCUCCGACGUGACGUGCGCCUCGCCGCCCGAGCGCCGGGGCCGCGACCUGCGCGCGCUCCGCGAGGCCGACUUCCAGGCCUGCCCGCCCGCCGCGCCUACGCGGCCCGGGGGCCGCGCGCGCGCCAACAGCUCCUCCAACCACCUGUACGGGGUGGCCGAGGCCGGGGCGCCGCCGGCCGACCCCUCCACCCUCUACCGCGACCUGCCUGCCGAGGACGCGCGGGGGCGCCCGGGCGGCGACGCGCCCACCGAGGACGACUACUGGGGCGGCUACGGCGGCGAGGACCGGCGGGGCGAGCAGACGUGCCCCGGCGCCGCCUGCCAGGCUCCCGCGGACUCCCGCGGCCCCGCGCGCACGCCCGGGCUCGCCGCCCCGCUGCUUUGCCUGUUGAUCCUGGCGCCCCACCACCUCUGA